UUUUAGUAAUCGAAAGCUUUCUGUUCUAUUUGGAUUAUUUUUUUAAUAGAAAAAGAAAAGUUUUUUUUUAUUUUUACCGACAAAUCGAAUUCAACAUGGGCUGUCUAAGUCAGAGGACACUAAGCAUUUUAGUGGGAUAUCUUUAUUUGAUUGUCAGUGUUGUCAGCUGCAUUUUGCUGAGUCGUCAUCUAUUGAUAAUCGAGGACAGACCAGAGGUACAAAAAUAUGAAGUUGUUGAAGGAAAAUCAAUGUACCGAAUAAUAGGUGAUGUUGUUGAAAAAGACAUUGAGAAAUUCCUACGUCUACUCUCUGAAAUGGAUAUGACCACAACAAUCGGCAUUUUGACAAUUAGCGUUGUAAUGUUAGUUGCAUCAGUGCUCAUGUUAAUUGGAAUUGCUGUGCAAAAUGCUCGUCUUAUGGUGCCCUGGUUUCUAUCGAACACAUUUAUUCUAUUGUCUUUGAUAUGUUGGACAGUCUACUCGUGUACUGAAGAUAUUUUCGAGGGAAAUGUAACCCACGAUGGCACCAUUACAAACAUGCUCGAUGCCCUGGUCAUUCUGGGUUUCCUUCUGAUCAUCGAUUACCCAGUCUAUAUGUUCUUCAGAAAACUACGAAAAGGUCUCGAUGUGACGCGAUAUAAUGCAUUGCUGAGAUCAGCUGAUGAUGCUUUUGAAAUAUAAGAAUGAAUACAAAAUGAUGUCGGAAAUAAAAUCCAACGAUUUUAAAUUUAAGGAAUAAAAUCUAACGUUUUUCAAAUAGUGCCGUAAAUAUAAGUCGUAAAUGGUAAAUCUUAGCUCCUGUCUUAUUUGAAAGAAGAGAAGCAUCGUAUGAACACAAGCACAAUUGUUGCAAAAAACCAGCAUGCAUACAUUGAAAAGCCGAUGCACCCAAAACGAGUCACUGUUUGGUGCAAAGUUCGAACAACAACAAAAAUGUUUUCCAAGAAAAUUUGGUCCAGAGGCAUAAUUGGGCCACUUCUCUGCGAAAAUGAAAAAGAGGAUAUUGGCAAAACUUGGUUUCUAUAGAAACAAAGCCGACGCUUACCACAAAAACAAGGUAUUUGGCGGAUACUUUAUUACAGGUUCUACGGAAAAUCU